AGACAGGCCAGCUGGAGACAGGCUGCUGACAUUGCACUUGGUGAGAUGCUCGAGCUGCCGGUGCCCAACAAGUUCUUCCCGCCCGUGCACCUCGACGACGCGGACGAGCUGCACCUGCGGCGGCUCGCCAAGGACAAGCUCCGGCUGAUGACGGACCUUCUCUAUGGCCGGCAGACGCAGACGCUCAGCUGGACGCCGUGCGAGGGCCAAACAGCGGACGGCUGCCAUGUCCUCAAGGCGCACUUUGUGGACCUCGAGGCCAACUCGCAGCGCGCGCACGCCUGUGUUCUGUACCGCGCGUCCGUCGUGCUCCAGGCGAGCGUGCCCGAAGUCAUGUCGGUGCUGGCGGUCCCCAAGACGGACGACUACCGGCGCAUGAUGAAGAGCGUGUACGGCCACGACUUUCUCGACGGCUACUGCCUCCACACGCUGCCGCGCAAGAAGCUCCAUCGCCCCAACUACUUUUACACGAGCUUGAAAUGGUGUGCGCUGGCGGCGCGCAAUCUGCAGGGCGGCCGUGGCAGCGACUUUUGCUUCCUCGAGUACGCUGGCAUUCGCAAAGAGAGUAACUCGCUGCUUGGCUUUUGCAUCCAGCAGUCCGUCGCCAUGGACGGCGAAGUGCCCGACUUUGGCCCGUACGGCCUCACGCGCGACGCGUUCCUGCGCACCGGCAUCCUCAUCGCGCCCACGGACCGUGACGGCCACGUCCGUGUCACGUCGUUCUGCCAAGUGCAGAGCGCGACGAUCAUGGGCGCGAGCGGCGGUGCUGACUAUGAAGACGUCAUGCGCCGGCGGGUGACGGCGAUUCGAGGCCUGCAGAGCUACUUGGAGCGCGGCCGGCUCGGGAAAUUGCCGUUCGUCGAGCGCUGGCGCUGGGUGCGCGACGAAGACCGCAAGACGUGCAGCGUGUGCAUGCGCAACUUUAUGUUUCGCCGGCGUCAUCACUGCCGCCAGUGCGGCGAAGUGGUCUGCGCGAGCUGCGCGCCGUACCGCGAAGUCGAGACGCCGACGGCGGGACCGAAUCGCGUCCGCAUCUGCAACGUCUGCUACGCCCGCGCCCACGGUGUGGUGCACCGACCGCUCUCCGACUCGGUGCUCGAGUCGUCCGUGUACACGGACGACGGGGCGUCGUUGGCGCCUCCACCCGUGACGCCGCAACGACUCGCGUACCGGCGGUCGUCGACGUCGACGGUGCGGUCGCCCGUCACGAGACGGACGCGGUCGCAGCGCUCGGCGUCCAUGGGCGACCUCGAUGACAAUGACCUUGAUGAUGGCAAGGACGACGAUGACAAUCAAGCGGCGCCCGUGCGCCGCCUCGCCCACCCGCGCCCGCUGCGCGAUACCUUUGAGCGCGCCGAGCCACCAUCGCUUGAGCACGCGAUGGCGGAGAUUACCCAGCGCAUCAAGGCGACGCAGCUCGCGAUCCAGUCGAGCGUCUCGAGCCGCGAGCGUGAGAUGCAACGAUGGCCGGCCAUGCCACCCGUGCCGUCGCCAGCCUCGUCGUCGUCGUCGUCCGAGCCCGCGCCCGAGGACCCGCCGGGUCACCCGUACGCGUUUCCGCUCUAUGACAGCAGCGACGUCGACGACGAAGCGUCGACCGCGAGCUUCAAGACGAGCGCGACCGACGACACCGAGUGUCCGUUUGCCCCUCAAAACUACCACCAGCUCCUGCAGCAACUGCAGCUAUCGACGGCCGACGCUCGCGACGAUCUCAGUGACUUUCAUCUCGAGCUGAACGUCAAUCACGACCUCGACGACGACGACUUGGCCAUCAGCGAGAUUGGCACCGAGUUUCUGACGAUGGAACGCCCGACACCGAUCGUGGUCGACCCGCCGAGCAAACCGCCGACGUCGGCAAGUCGGCACCUCCCGCCACCGAUGCCGGCGUCCAUGAAAGCGUCGUUGCUCGCGCGGCAGGCCGCCCUGCGGUCGAGCGAAGCAGCCAUGAGCACGGUGAGCAGCAGUCUCUGGAAGGAGCCGACGUCGGCGCCGCUGCCACCGCCGCCACCGUCGCUGCCGCACGCGAGCCGGCGACUGCGACCGACACAGAGCCAGUCGGGUCCCAAGGCCGUGUGGGCGCCGUCCCCGCCGCCGGUGGCCGCCAACGCGAUGCGAUCGCAGACGGCCAAGCUCGACGAGAGCGGCGGCGACAUCCAAGCCAGCCUCGCGCACCGAGCGUUCGCGCAGCUCGAGGCCGAGUGUCCGAGCACCCCGGAGCGCAUCGCGAUCCUGCAGGCGCUCGUGACGACCUUCUCGUCGCUCCUGUCGCACCGCGAAGAGUCGGACUUUUGCGUUCUGAACCGAUCGGACCAUGCGUUUGCGGCCGUGCUCCAGGCGUACCCCUCGACGCUCAAGCUGCUCCAGCUGGCGGGCUACGCCAUUUACCCCCAGCGCUGCGUGCUCUCGGACUUUGACGCGUUCUUGCUCGCCAACCUCGUGGGCACACUCAAACGCCUCCUCAGCGACCCGCAGCAGCGCCACUCGUACUACGCCAACCAAUGGUCGUUUUAGCGAGCGAUGCUUCUUGUGCUGAUACAAAUUCUCCGUUUUGC